AUGGAACUGACACGUCUAAGUGGCGGUGGUGCCCUUGCGGCAAUGUUGACACACUAUCUCAAAUCGAAGGGAGAAACCCAGGUCUGCAAGCAGAUCCUCAUAUACCCUAUGCUUGACGACCGGACAACGAAUGACAAUCCGAAUAUCGCCCCAUUCGCCACCUGGGACGCUGACAGCAAUCACACAGCAUGGGAAGCUGUGCUCGGCAAAGAUCGAUUCCAGGCAUCCAACGUCAAUCCAGUAGAUGUGCCGAACAGAAUGACUGUCCAGGACGCAAAGGAUCUGCCUCCUGCUUACAUUGACGUUGGUGAACUGGACAUUUUCCACGACGAGAUCAUGGAUUAUGCUCGAAAGCUGGGACAAGCUGCCGUGAGCUGUGAGCUGCAUGUUUGGCCUAGUGUACCUCAUGCUUUUGAAGCGUUCGCACCUGAUACUGCAGUCUCUAAACGAGCAUUUGAGGAGAGAUUUAGGGCGAUCAAGAGCUUCUAA